CACCUUAUCCACUUAUCGCUCGCUCCGGGGCCCUAUGGCGUCGCACCACGAUUUCCCACCGCUGCAUCAGCCGCAGUAGCGGGGGGAGUUAUCACCAUGAGAGUGAGGGCGCAAGAGAAAAAAUCCCGUCGCUGGACAUUUCCGGCCUCACGCCAUCUCCCGGUACUCACUAGACAUUCAUCGUGGAUGGCGAUGAUGAUGCCAUCUCUUCCUCGUCCGAGCGCGGUUCGAAAGUCGUCGCCUUCUUCCCUCACGCGUUCGAAUUCCUCCUUGGGUCAAGUCUCGAAAUUCAAGGGAGACUACUACACCCAGACUCUAUGGAUUCCUACACUGUCCUUCUCGACGUCCUCACAGUAUGAUCGUCGUCGUCGUCAUCGUCCAGCAGGAUCAAAGGAUUCUAAGGUUGUUGUUAUUGUCUUUGUUGUCGGAAGGAAUGGGACACGGCAUGGGAGACGGAGAACUCCGGCCAAACUCGGUUCCCUCUUGGUGUGCAGUGCAGACCCCGAUCGUUCACUCAUCGUCUCAUGUUGCAGUUCAGUCGGCUUUUAUCAUUCAUCAUCAUCCUGGGAGACAUGGUCUCUCGAAGGAAACUUUCGAGGGUCGUUCACGUCUAUCUGGGAAUGGUCGAGAGACAUCCUGAAGAGAGUAUCAUGCCUAUCGGGUGGAUCUCACAAAAAGGAUUCCGAGGAACCUCCCUGUGACUUCUGCCUGGAGUUUCCUGGGUUGGUUCCAAGCGCGUACAUAUAGAUAGAGGUAGAUGUGUAUGAUAUGAUAUCCAUGUCCCAGGCACAGGCGUAGUGCGUACACUUAACUACACACACACACAUGGCCAGAGACAGCCCAGCGUCGUCCUGUCCUGGGCGACUCAUCACUCGAGGUUGGAAGGUCCAGAUACCUCGAUAUGCGGCGUCUGCUGGUGAGACGGGUCGUGAGAGACUCUCUCCAUCCGAGCGAUGUGCUGGCGGCAGGUGGUCUCCUCGACACCCCAUA